AUGGAUACAAGCAGUGACAGCGAAAGCGAGAGUUCAAGUGAGCCCAAGAGGAAGUGCACCCGAUCCAGGUCCAGCCCUAGCAAAGAUGAUAUGGUGUUAGAAAUUUUGGAGACGAUCCGGAGUAGCAACAACUCUGCUGAGGCAUUGGAGAUAGACUGCUGCUUUGCUCAGCUUGGCUCCACGUUGAGCUCUCUGCUUUCACUACGAGAGCGGAUUAUGAACGCACCAGACGGCAGCUACACAAAAUAUGAUCUUCAAGAAGUCAACGAUGAUAUUGAACAUGUUCGAGCUAAGAAGAAAGCGUUGUUAAAAGAGCAGUCGGCCGAGUAG